AUGACUUUAAACGAGACAGCUGAAAAUCUUGCUUUCUAUAAACCGACAUGGCAACAGCAUCCCUAUAAUGCCUAUUACUGGAACACUAAGUCAGAUAAUGCAGUGGAUGGACUGUUUUCGGACAGGUCUCUUAAUGGUGGACAAUGUACGAUAUCAGACAACAAAAGACAAACUGCAACCCUGUGGGUGAAUCUAGGAAGAAUUCUCAGCAUACAUCAAAUAACUGUCUACUACAGGACGGACAAUUUACCAUGGGACUUAACCAAUGGCUACCCAUCGCGCUUCCUUGGCUUCUCGAUUUACAUAUCGAAUACAACCAACAAAGAUGAAGGGUUCCUGUGUUUUAAGGACACAAUCUUCACCAUAGUCACAAUUCCGGAUAAUAUUAAAAUAGAAUGCGUAAAACAUGGACAAUAUGUCAUCUACUACAAUGAGAGACUCCCACGAGUUUCUUACCCGGAUGGUUAUUCUCAAUAUGCAUUCAACGAGCUCUGUGAACUUGAAGUUUAUGGAUGUCCUACCACUGGUGAAUAUGGAGAAAACUGUAUUCUAAAUUGUCCACAGAAUUGCCAGGAAGGUCAUUGUAACAUUGUAGAUGGGACGUGUCUUGGAUGUGUUGUCGGAUUCAAAGGAUCUCAAUGUGAAGAAGAAUGUGACAAUCAUAGAUUCGGUCUUGAGUGUAAGUACACCUGUGGUAACUGUAGUAGCGGAGAACAAUGUAAUCACGUGAAUGGAAGUUGUCCAAACGGAUGUGACGUAGGUGCUCAAGGAGUUUCGUGUGAAGAACCUUGCCCUGUUGGUAAACAUGGAAAAAAUUGUGAUGAAGAAUGUUCGUCAAACUGUAAAGGCUGCAACAGAUUCAAUGGUGUUUGCGAGUUUGGGUGUUACGAUGGAUGGAAAGGAACGUUUUGUGAAAAUGAAUGUGAUGGACUGAUGUACGGACAUAACUGCAAUCAAUCAUGUGGUUUUUGUUUGAAAUCAAAACAAUGUCAUCACAUUAAUGGGACAUGUUUAAAUGGAUGUGACAGAAGUUAUCAAGGAGAGAAUUGUACAGAAGAAUGUCCUGACGGAUAUUUUGACUACGGAUGUCAGGACAAGUGCAGCAUCAACUGUGGGGUUCCUGGUAAAUGUAACAGCGUGACAGGACAAUGUCAAGGAGGAUGUCAGGCAGGAUGGAGAGAUACGAAAUGUGACAAAAAAUGUGAUGGAGGUAAAUUUGGACUAAACUGUGCCCAGUCAUGUGGAAGGUGCGUUAGAAAAGAACAGUGUCAUCAUGUAAAUGGAUCAUGCUUGAAUGGAUGCGAUAAAGGUUACCAAGGAAUCCAAUGUACACAAGGUGUCGUAUAA